UAAUAAGAUGGUUCUUGGGCCACCAAGAGCGAGUGGUUUGGUGCACGGCAGUGGAAAGCGGGCACGUCCCUUGUUCACAAGGACGUCGGCAGCAUCGCACAGUCCUCACCACCUUCUAGAUCCCGCCCUCCCCUGGGGCACGUUGGUGCUCACGCAGAUGCUGUCUCCGUUCCCAACCUCGGCCUCCCAGCUCCUUGACCCCUCACCCACAGUGACCUUCUUACCUGAGCCACCUCAGGUAGCUCUGUCACUUAACACAAAGGCAGGUUCUGAGGGGAUGUGAAGGGACACCUGGGAGGGCAGCAAGGAGCACGAAGCCUUCCUCUUACACCCCUCAAUGGCCCUGUGACUCCCACUUGAGAUGGUCAGCAUGCAGAACACUGGGCAGAGCUGCAGGUCACAAAGUCACCAUGUCAACCUUCCUGUCAGUCAUAACAACAGGGAACUCUGCCCCCAGGGUGGGGGAAGGGCAGGCAGGUAGCUGAGGCAGGUGUACCCAGAGCCAGACACUGCCCCUGCUCCCUGCGAUCUGGGCAGGUAACUGGUGUUGGGCCAUAGUGUGCCCUGGUGGUAGGGCAGGAGGGGUGUGGCCCCUGGGCACAGGCAGAGGCCACAGAGAGUGGCCAGAGGUGGCUGGUGCUCAGAGAACCUGGGCCCUGGCGGAGAGGCCACAGGGACCCAAGAGCCCAAGAGCGAGCUGAGGCCACAGGGACAUCUGGCCCAAGAACCCAAGAGUGAGCUGAGGCCACAGGGACAUCCAGGAAAAUGGGGAGCCGUGGUGUCCAGGGACCCUGCUCAGCGCUAUUUCUGCUGCUGCUGCUGCUGUUGCUGCCACCCCCACUUUUUAGAGCAGGAAGUUUCCAGCACCCAAGACCUGGCUGGAGAAUGUUCCACCACCUGGGUGUGGGCUCCAGAAGGGGCCAUCACCGCCGCGGCCCAAACGCCAGGCAUCACUGGCGCCAAGGGCAAGCCCAGCAGGCUUGCAAGAACAAAUUGGACCUCUACCUCAUUGUGGACAAGUCAGGCAGCGUGAACAACAACUGGGCUGACCUUUAUAUAUUUGUGGAGGACAUUGUGAAGCAGUUCCAAAACCAAGAAACGAGAAUAUCCUUAAUCACCUACUCCACUGAGGGUGACAUCGUUUUGCCACUCACCUCAGACCCAGUAAAAAUAAAGCAAGGUCUUGAAAUACUUGAGAAGGUGGUUCCUGAAGGACACACAUUCAUGCAAGAAGGAUUUAAAAAGGCAAUUUUGCAGAUUGAAAGAUCCAAAUCCACAACUGAAAAGAUUCCCAGCACAAUUAUCGCUAUGACUGAUGGGACAAUGGAGCCAGAGGCAUUUACACAGAGCCUGGAGCAAGCUAACAAGGCACGGAGCCUGGAGGCAACUGUUUACUCUGUGGGUGUGGCCGAUUAUGACAAAUCACAGAUAACACAAAUUGCGGACAGUGAAGCCCAUACGUUUACAGUGGACACAGGCUUCAAAGCCCUGAGAUCCAUUGUUGACCAGAUGAGUUCAAAGAUGUGUACUGAAGUCAAAUAUGUGGAGCCUUCCUCUGUGUGUAUAGGAGAAUCCUAUGAAGUGGUUGUUCAUGGAUCUGGCUUUCUGAAUACGCAGGGGCAGGACCAAGUCAUUUGCAGAUUCCAGAUGAGUGAAAGUGACUUUAUUGAUGAAAAACCAAUCAGAAUGGAUGAGACUUCCAUCACUUGCCCUGGACCAAAGAUAACAAAUCCUGGAAAAAAGGUCUCUGUUAAAGUCAGCCUAGACAAUGGCGGCAAAUUCUACUCGGCUGAGAAGGACAGCUUCACCACCACUGACUGUGUGAGUAAUGGAGUGGGCCAGACACCUACAGGGAAUCCGAGCUGUGCAGCGAGGGCGGCUUUGUCAGACCAGGGAAUGUCCCGGGCCUUCUGGGCAGAGCCUUUGAGCAGAGCCAGAGGUGGGGCCUGCAGGUCUCUGGGGACCAGCCCAGCUCCUGCCCCACUGUGGCCCCUUGAGGUGGGGCUGCCUGGGGCCAAGGGAGUGAGGGCAGCUGGUAGGGAAGAGGCCACCCAGGCCUCCCCAGCUGCUGACAUUUGCCUUAUCCGCUGGACCAUCGGGGAUGUUCCCCUCCCCCAGAACUUCGAAAACUGGUACUGGCUCAUACCCGCCCUGCUGUUGCCACUGCUGCUCUGGUUUCUCUGCCGUCUGUGCUUCAGGAAGAAGAAGGACCAACCUGUGCAGACACCAGAACAGCCUCCACCACCGCCUCCUGUAACUGUGUGUCCCACAGUGAUUGUUUGCUGCCAUGGGUGCCACAGAGGGUGCAGAAUGUGCGGAAGGCUGGAGGACAAUCUGGGCACCAUGUGCGGCCUCGCUCAGCCCAGCUACAACGAGAUGCCACCGAUGUGGUGUCCACACAGGGUCCAGGGGAGGUGCUUCAACUUCCAAUGUCUACCCUGCAGCCCAAAUAUCUGCCCUUCAGCCAGCCAGGCGUGCCGUCCCCUCCCCUGCUCGCCCAGGCGCUACCAACUCCCAGCCAGCUGCUUGAGACCUUCCCCCACGAUGCUGCCGAUGCUCUGCCACUCUUCCCAGGCAUACCGCAAACCCUGUUUGUCCCUCCCGCCCUCACAGCCUGGCCUCUAAGGCACCAAACACACACGAUUAACAGGCCUUUUGUCUGCCAAAUUGGACAUAUACAUUGAGUCUUGCUUUACUGUCA